AUGUCUUUCAGUAUUUCUGACUUUUUGAGUGUCUUUCAGACACCUGAGAAGUCGCCUUCUGAUAAUCUGGAUGGUGAGUUACCGAGGGGGGGAAUUAGCAGUGGCAAAGAGGUUCCAAUCCUACUAUUGGACCUCUCCAAGGAUUUGUUGGAAAGAAUCCGUGUUAACAUUAGCGACUUAUCAUCUUCAGUGUAUGAGCGCGAUGACGUUGCGCUAGCACAUGUGGCCAAAGAACGAAAGUUGCUGUGCAGUGUCCCACGACGAAUUGGACGCUUUGCGCUAGCAAAAUUCCUAGAGAAUGCGUAUCGCGACGACAGGAAGUACUGGUGGCGUUAUGUGCCGGAGAAACUACAAAACACCGCAGAC